AUGCAGCGGCCCCUCCUAGCCACCGAGUUCGGCGCACCCACCGGCAGUAGUGGUGGGGUCGUGAAGGGGCGCCUCCAGCAGGUCCAUGACGGGGGACAUGUCCCCAAGAACAGAGGGCUAAUGCUCAGUAGCCACGGUGAGGGAGGGCUGGGCGCCACACCCAGAGGGAGGCUGGAGACUUCCAGGUCCGCAUCGAAUUGGACUCCAGGGGCCGGGAGCACCGGCGCGACAUGCGAUUCCAUAGGUAGCCCCUCUAGCAAAGGGGCAGCCGCGCAGGCGGCCGGCGGCGGCAGUAGUGGAGGUGAGCGAGGCGAGGAGGACGGGAGCACCAGCAAGCCCACAUUGGAGAUGUCGCUCUCCUCCUCCGGAAAAGGAGGCAAUGGGGAGGCCCGCACCUGA